GGUGACGUGUAAUCCCCCUGCUGUGAAAUUCCGCGAGUACAAAUAGCCCCAUACCCCACGAGCUAACGAUUUCGUCUCACUUUUUUCGCACGAUCUAAACUUCUCUCUAAACUUUCAAAUUCUCCUCUCUGCUCUUUCUCGACGAAGCGAAGAAGACGACGCCAUGAAAGGACUGAAGGCCACCUCCAUUGCUCAGAAGAAGCUCGAAUCUGACUGCACGAAGAAGUGCAAAGGCGGCAAAGCUAACAAGGACGCAACAAAGAAGGGAAAAGCGAAUAAGAUUCCUGGAGCUCCGAAGCGUCCUCUCUCUGCGUACCUGGUGUUCAUGAGCGAUUUCCGCAAGAGUUACAAGGAGAAUUUUCCGGACAACAAAUCCGUAGCUGCUGUUUCCAAAGCUGGUGGUGAUAAAUGGAAGUUGAUGUCUGACUCUGAGAAAGCUCCAUAUGUGGAAAAGGCAUCACAGCUGAAGGUUCAGUAUGGAAGUGCUAUGGAAGAGUUCAAGAAGAAUAGUAAUGGAGCUUCAUCUGAAUUAACAAUGUCAUCCAGCGAAUCCGUGCACACUUCUGAUAUGAAGGAGGGCUCCGACCAGGAAGCUAGCUGUUAGGUUUCAUGACCGAUAGGUGUGGAGCAAUGCUGCUGCUGCUGAUAUUC